GUCUGGUUUCCAAUUGCCUUCUGUUCCCUCUGGAGACGUCUCCGUUUCCUCUCGGCUCCACCGGCACUCAGCUCCCUCUCCUUUCCCCGAGCCACUCUGGCGCCAAUACGACGCAUCUCCGGCGCUGCUCGAGGAGCUCCUCACCCCGGACAGCGCUAGCAUAUCCAUCCAUUCUGUAGAGCCAUGAGCAAUCCUCCCUCGUCCGGCGAUCUGCUUUCGGUGCCAGACCCUCUGGCGUCCCCGGCCAUCGGCCAUCGUCGCAGCCGCAGCUGGGGGUUUUCGACCCCGAAGCGGCUCUCGAGGACCCGCCAUGAGAUGGUCUCACUUGAGAAGCAAAGGUCGCAGGAACCGCUCUCCAAUGACGGUGAUUCCGGCGAUCCUAUGCUGGGGCGGGUCUCGACCGCCGGCUCAAGCCGCCAGCCGAGCGUAUCCCGGAGCUCGUCUGGAGAAGUUGUCGACAGCGAGACCAACGGCUCGCAGUUCUCACUGGAUGCCGACGAUGUCCCCUCCCACAGCCAGCCCGACGGCGAGCCGACUCAGCCCUCCUCGCCUGAGCCCCCGGACUGGGACCAACUGCCAACCCUCAAACGCCUGUUUGGCCAGGAGACCCUCGAUGGACUCUUCAACCUCUAUGUCCGAGGCAUCGAGCUGCUCGAUCCUCAGUCGGCUUUUGCCCAGCGGCUCGUCCAGGCCGACCACAAAACAGCCUGGUACUGGGUCUUGGGCUUUGUGUGCGGCCGAGCCUGGGGCAGUCGGUUUUACUUUUCGUUCGUGGUGCUGGCUAUGAUGUCUCUCUACUUUGUCUAUGCCAACGUUGCCAGUCUCGAGAGACUCCAGCGAAAGUAUGCCGAUGAGCUCAUGACGCUCUCGGCUCGAAAAGAGGUUGAAGAGGGCUCCGAGAUCGCCGAGUGGUUCAACAUCUUUGUCGAAAAGUUCUGGGGCCAAUUCGAGCCCGGUCUGUCGAGCCGUCUUCGGAGCCAAUUCAACGGCAUCUUGAAUCGGAAUCGGCCAAAUUUUUUGGAAGAUUUGGUGAUCAAGACCUUUACGCUGGGAUCGACGGCCCCAAGGGCCUCCUCGAUUCGAGUCUAUCCAACAAAGAGUCCAGAGACCAUGACCAUCGACAUGGACCUCAAGUUUGCAUCGUACCCGCGGAGUAGCGACGACCCGAAAUCGUAUCGUCCGCUCACCAUACUGUUCCAGGCCCUGUUCGGCCUGAACGUUGCCUCCGUCCCCAUUCCGAUCGAGCUGACCAACAUCUCUGCAUCUGGCUUGAUGCGGUUCGAACUUACGUUUUACUCGAGCUUUCCACACGUGAAGCAGAUCCGCUGUAGUUUCUAUGCACCACCAACGUUCGAGUUUGAUCUCCAGCCUCUCAACGCCGUCAAUGUCAUGUAUCUACCGGUGCUUCAUCAGUACAUUCGUCGUAGGGUGCAGGAGAUGAUCAAGAAGUUUGCAGUCGCUCCAAAUGCGUACACGUUCGAUUUUACUCGAGAUGGAAUUGAACGCCCGCUCGGGGUCUUGCGGGUUUACGUAUUCGAAGCCCGUGGGCUGAAGCACAUUGAACUUUUGAAGAGCAACUGCCCGUACGCCCAGAUCUGGCUUGGUGACAAAGUCGUUGCCUCCACUCGCGACGUCGAGUGUGACGGCGAGCCUCAGUGGAAGGAAACCCAUUACAUCCCCAUCUAUCCAAGCACCUUUGUCCAGUCCAACAACGGCUCGGAUGAGUUGAGGAUUGACAUUCGCGACUACCCGAGCGUCAGUGGCCGAGACGGCCUUAUGGGAACAAUGGAGUCGCUCAAGCUCUCCAAGUGGCUCGCCUUGAUGGAACCCGAUCCCUCGGCAACACCCGCACUGCCGUGGGAUAACGUGUGUCUUUCCGAGCAAGAACGGGCGCUCCUGCAGUCAGCCUGGGGACUGCCCGACGAUUCGAGCCCCGUCUGGAAAGCCUUGUUCCAGCUCACUGGCACGGGUCUGCGCCGAACGGACGCUCAGAUUCGGCUGGAAGUGUCGUUCAUGAGGGCGUCUCCGAAACCAACCAACUUCAACGACUCGGUCAAGCUGCUGGGCCAGAUCCGAUCCGGGAUUCUGAACAUCACCUUCCACAGCGCCUCCAACCUCCAGAGCGGGGCACUGACGACCAACCCGUACUUGAUCCUUACUGAAAUACCCGAGAGCCGUACCGUCUAUCAAACGAUCGUCAAGAAACGGACUCACAACCCAGUCUGGGAGAGCACAUUUACGACCUUUACGCCGGAUUACACAAAGAUGCGUUACUUGGCUACGAUAUAUUCGACCUUGGAUCUAAUCGGGGAUAUCAACUUGGGCGUGGCCAAGAUCGACCUUGGCGAGAUCAUCCAGAAAGGCAAUGGCAACGUCCACACCUGCGAGCUGAGGAACGUGUCGUCAGGGCAGCUGAGGAUGACUGUUACAUUUAUACCAGUUCCCAUGAAUACCUCAUUGGCUGGACCACGGGUCUCAACGAAGCGCUCGAAACAGCCGAUCGGAUCAAUUUCGGUGCGCAACUUGUCCGCAAGAGGGCUUGUUCCAAACAAGCCUCUGGUCGACCCGGACCCGUUUAUUGUCCUCGAAAUCGAGGGUCGGCAGUUCGGUCGGACGACACACAUACUGGGCGUCCUGUCGCCCCAGUGGAAGCAAGUGUUCGAAGGCGGUAUUCUGUAUACGCCGGCGGAUGUCCUAACGUUGACUGUGCGCAACUGGAACAACGGCAACAAUAUCAAACACAUCGGGACCGUGGAGAUACCCAUGUCGGCCAUAUUCACUAGUUUCGAUGAUGACACGACUGCGCCUUCAGAGUACAUGCAGCGGGCGGUAGACGAUGGGCUUGUCAUUCACACGCACAGAGACUCUGUCGUCAACAUAACUGCCCCGAUCUAUCGGAAGAAGGAUAGGAUCCUGCGGCAGGGUGUCAUAAGUUUUGAAGUUAUACUGCGAACGACGAUUCCCCAGGAAGCCAUCGGCUACGAACCAGUCUCGGAUAUGAGCGAGGCUGCAAGCCAGCAGAUCAAGCUUGUCUUGGAAAAGUGGUGCUCCGGAAUCGUCCAUGUUCGUUUCUUCAGCGGACAAGACAUUGGCAUCCGUAAGACGUAUGUGGAACUCUACCGGGGCAAGAAGAAGCUCUUUUCGACGCUGACCCAAGCCGCCAGCGACCCUGUGUGGGACCAAGCUGUUGAUAUUGUGACGGCCGACGUGACCCGCGACGUGUACGAGAUUGUGCUUAAGGAGCAGCGUGGAUCCAUCCAAGAUGAAAAGGAUAUUGUUGCGGGACAGUGGAAGGGUACUCUUGCCCAGAUCAUUGGGCGACAGUUGCAGAUCAGCCUGGGCUCGGGCCGUAUGCUCCACGUGAAUCUCAAGUACAUUCCACUGACCGAGUCUCCGGUCAAGAUCGAGGUGGACUACGAUGCUGCCGAGGUCUCCCCUAUGUCGCGCAAGACGUCACUCAACAGCCUCAAGCACCCCCUCAACAUUAUCGGCAAUGGUCUCGAGAAACUUGGCAACGGCCUCGACAAGAUGGGCCAGCAGCUCAAGAGCAUUAUCGAGGAGGGUACGAUGAGCCACAGGAGUACGGAUACCAGUGCUUCCGCCGGUAAGCUCUCGGAUCCGAGCGGCUCCGCCGGGAGAAUCUUGGAGAGUCGCAGCCUCGAUGAUAUUGAAAGCUCGUCCAUCAACUCGAGCCGCCAUUCUGUGGAGCUUGAAGGCUCGAUUGGAUCCAUGUAUCCUUCGAUGAAGCGGGAUACUUUGUUUCCCCAGGGCAGCUUGGUGAUCCAGCUAAUACGCUGCAAGGACCUUCCAAGUGUCGAUAUAAGCGGAAAAUCUGAUCCGUUUGUGCGGAUAUUUGUCGACAAUGCCAAUGUCUUCACCAGCCGCACCGUCCGGAAGAAUCUCAACCCAUCCUUCAACGAAGAGUGGCGAUCCGAGGCCACCAUUGUGCAUACCAAGAGCGCUGUUCGCUUGGAGGUGUGGGAUGCGUCACCGAUGCAUCUGGUCGACAAGCUCUUGGGAUCAGUGGAGUUUCCCUGGGACCGAAUACCCUCGGACCCACACGAGCCGAUCGAGUUUACAGAAGUGCUCACCGGCAAGCGGGCACGAGGCACGCUUACCUUCAAAACGCAGUUCCUCACCUCUGUCGAGCGAGGUGGGCGUUCUCGACAAUGAUAAUCUCCACGCAGCCCGAUCGCCUCACUUGCGUUGGACCGGUGUACAAGCCAUGUCGGCGGGCAAAUACAGUAUCUAUUUGAACACACAAUUCACUCGGAGCUAAGACCGCCAGUCGCUGCCCAGUCUCCAUAAUCGCCCUGCACAUGAUCAUGUUGCUCUUGGAUACACGAAGAAUGGAGGCAGCCUUUCUCAGAUUACAGGCAAUCCAAUAAAAAACGGGACACCCGGGUUUUUGACCAUUCAUCGAAUAUUUUGUUA